ACAGCUCAUUUCAAUAUUCUCUGCUGUUAGGCCACAAUAACCAGAUAAUUCAGCUGACAAACCUUACAAGAUAUGUUUACAGACCAUUAUAAGGCCAGUAACUUCAAUCAUUGCUAGUAGCGGUUAUCCUGCGCGGUUAGCAUUCAUUUGAUAAUAUCUUCCUGAAUUUACACUUAACGAUUGACACGAUUACGUGAGCGACUUUCUGCAGUUUCAUUCAAGUUGUUAUUUACUUUCCAUACUCUGAUCCAUUUGCAGGGUAACCCUUCUACCAAUUUAACAACCGAAGAGGUUUUGUGUUCGCCCAGAAUAUUGACAUAGCAGCUGCGCGCGUUUCUGAGGGAAAACCGGUCAAAAAGACAGCGGAUGAUACACAAACAAAGGAAGCAAAGAGGUGAGAACGAAACCUGGAAUAAUAUCACAAUACACAACUGGUUGAAAUUUCAGAACAAUCACUUAGCUUGCCGAUAUCACCAAAAGUUACUGCUAGCUGCCGACUGCCAAACAACCGUGUUUUAGAUUUGAGAAAAAGACGGGCACUAUAACGAACGAAAAGAUGACAGAAGGACCCAGAUCAAACAAUAACACCCCCAAUGAUUCCGAAUCAGGUAGCGGUGAAAAUUAUGGAGACGAAGAAAUCGGAGCUUUCGAUGCGGAAUUCGACACGUUUCCAAUCGUUCUGGCCAUAUUUAUCAUCGCCGUCAACUUAACUGUCAUAAUUUUAUUCAUUCGCCAUCGCACACUCCGGUCUGUCACCAACUCAUUUCUUGUGAGCCUAGCUGCUAGUGACCUACUCGCAGGAUUGUGUGGAAUUCCUGCUACACUUUAUUGUUCAGCUACUCACAGCUUCACAACCUGUGCUAUCUCAAAUCUAACAUGGCGAUUCAUUUCUGUAUCUACCGUAGUGCAUAUUCUACUGGUGUCUGUGGACCGCUACAUCGCCAUAACGCACGCCAUGCGCUAUCAUAACAUCGUAACACGGCGCGCGUUCUUCGCGCUCAUAAGCUUGGCGUGGUUUAUGGCUGCGUUCGUUUCUCUGAUACAACUAUCUUGGCGGGUAGGUCGGAGCGAGGAAGCAGCCGAAACCGCCGAAAAAUUUCAGAAAACUUAUGACCUCGCUACUUUUGUGCUAUUUUUUGUGAUACCACUGUUGGUGAUGGCUUAUAUAUACAUUCGCAUUUUCAGUACGGUUCGGUACCACGAGAAACGGAUAUGGCGAUUUCACAGCCCUUCUGAUCAGCAUUUUUCCGCCAAAGGAAAAGAAGAAUCGCAUAACUAUGCACAGCGCAAAACUGUCACCAUUUUCCUGGCGAUGCUCGUCAUAUUUACCGUCUGUUGGCUGCCAUAUUUUAUUUUGAGUUUUCAGGAGCUGAACGCCCAGCAAACGUUUGAUCCACCAGCAUGGGUGCUGUAUGUGUUUUAUUACUACUCUCGAUUUGUUACUUCGUUUUUAAAUCCCCUUAUGUACAUUUUUAGAAAAAGAGACUUCAAAGAACUAUUACCCCGUUUGAUUUGCAAGGAUGGAAAAGCAAGAUGCGAAAGCCGAGCGAAUAAAACACUCACAACUAUCUAUAGCAAUGAACAGUGUACCACUAAUUGUUGAAUAUUAUGGGAACUGAAGUCCGACAGAAGCGAUGGCGUUUGGUUGUACAUAACGGAAGAGUUGUCGAUAAAACAGCGCAGCACGCCGGAUCCUUGUAACACAACAGUUCGAGAGGAAAGGGACUAGUUGUAUUUAUAAGUAAGGGUUGUAUUUGUAAUGCAGGAGAUAAUUUUAUUCAUUCAACUUUUAUGAAAGAUGGGGUUACCCAUGGAUAAUAAGACGCUUUUGCUUGACAAGCGUCCAAUUUUAUUUUUUCUGUAUGUCUGUUUCAGCAUGGAUCUGAGUAAUUUUCACGAGAAGCACCAUUUAUUAAGUUUACCGCUCGUUGAAAAUGACAUUUACCGUGAACUCACAAAAGAUUUAAUUAAGUCCCAUUAUUAAGGAAAAAAGAACUUCAGGAGGGGAUAAUCCAAUAUUUGCUGUAGAAGUCACUUAGAAUUAGCUGAGCAUGAUUUGCACUUCCGUAAAAAUGGAGCAAACUCUUUUAUCUAAAUCACACGCUCUUUCGCACUAUAAACAAAGACACCUGAGAAAUACCGCACAUCAUUGAGUCAAAUUUAAAUUGGGACUUAAGAAAAAGUUGCGCUUAAAAGAAAAUUAAAUUUGACAGAAUACAAAGACUUUUAGCCUAUUAUAAAAAAAAAAUAUAAUUAAUAGUCAAUCGCCUGCAAAUGUUAGUUGGAAAGUACAGACGAGCAUUUCUUGUCCGUAAAAAGAUGAUCAAGAAUUCCAAAGAUCAAAUUUUCAUGACGGGUCGAGUUUUAGAAGUUAACAUAACAACAUGUACAUAAUAAUUUAUUCUUUAAAUUUAUUGAACAGGAUAACGAAGAUAAGACAUAUCCUGAAUCCCGGGUUGUCUGAAAAGCAUGCUUUUUUUCCUCUUUGCCAAUAAGCAAGACAAAUUUGCAUGUAAAUUAGUUCUGAAUCAUUUUAGUAGGGAAGGAAGACAAAGGAACAAGCAGCUUUCCGUGCACCUACGAUGGGCAGCGCAAGAUAAAAACUGCUAUUUAUGCUAUUAUGAAGCUACAACAUUGAGUUGUCACCUUGAAAAACACAGUAAUAAAAAGCCUCGAGUCAUUCUUCAGAUAACACGUGUAAUUACACUUAUAAAGCCAUUUUAUAUCAAAUUAAAAUUCUAGACAUGUCUUGCACGCAGCUAAAUACACGUAAUUGCUGAGAAAAGAGCUGACAAGAAAACAGCCGUAACUUUCCAUAUUUACAUCUGUUUUCCGUAUGGCGGCUAUUUCUUUCACAUCAAAACAAAGAAGAUAACAAUCGCCGAGGACGAAAUAAUGAGCCAAAUGCUCUCUUCGUGUGUUGAAAGCUCUAGAUGAUUGCCUCAAAUGAUAACGAUCUCGCGACAUUUUAAUCUUUGGGUUUUAGCUUAAGAAUAAAAACCUCGCGCUUGUCUCUCGCUUAAGAAUCAAGGCAUAAUCCGGUAAUUUGGAUGAAAAGGUUUUCAGAUUUAAACUCAGUCAUCUGCGAUAUUUCCAGAUGAACAAAAACGAAAAACAAAAGAAAGGAGGUGACAAAAACAAUUCGAUCAUUGCAGUUUUCUCCCUCUCUGCUAUUUCAAUAAUUUCUCUCGUUUACCUUAAAGGCAGACUAUCAUUUUCACUCAGUAAAUAGGUCACUGAAACAA